AUGCAGGGGCAGAUUUCUAUUCAAACUUUAUUUGUUAUGAGCAACAAUAACGACAUUUAUGAUGUAUCUCUAGUACCAGACAAUGUGUUUACAUUGGAUGGUAAUGAUUUUUAUCAAUUAGUACAAUCACUAGCCGGUGAAACUGUUUGUGAGAUUCUCAGAAUACAAUCAAUAAAUUCCACAAGAUCAUUUUUGAAUACUGACGAUGUGUUAGAAAUUUUUAAAUAUGAUUCGCCUGAUUUAAUUGGUAUUAAAAAUAAAUCAUGUCACAAAAUGACGAAUGGUCAUUAUAUUAUUAAAGCUGGAAUUAAAAGCAGUUUAGCAUAUUUAACAAAAUUAUUAGAAAUAAAACAAGAUCAGCAACAAUCCAUCAUGAAUAAUGACAAUAAUAAUAGUAAUGAACAAACAUUGCCAUAUGAAAUUAUAAAUAAUAAUUCAAUGUUAAGAUCAUUAUUUUCUUGGUACGAACAUUUCCAGCAUCUCACGUUUCGUCUUACGAGGGAACCUCCCGAGAAUUUACAUAUGUCAACAGUUUUAAAACAACAUGGUAUAUUUCAAUUAGAACAAUUAAGUAAAUAUGUAUUUCAUGAAUUAAGUUCCACAUCGAAAAUGUUUGAUAAUUCAACAACAAGUAAUACUAGUGAUGAUUCUGAUUCUUAUUCAGAACGUGAACCUGAAUUAGGUGAUGCUGAUAAUAAUAACAACGACAGUGACGAAGAUAGUGAAUGUCAAUCCGAUGAUAAUGGAAGUAUCAAUACAGCAAAAACAAACUUUUCUGGUAUACAAAUUAAAGACAAGAUUAACACUGAAUUAAAAAAUUCGUAUUUUAAAAUAAAAAUUAAUAACACUGAUAAAUAUUUACAUAAACAGUCAGCAAUCUGGCUGUUAACAGACAAAAAUAAUCGUAUAUCAACCGAUAGAUUAUCACGAGUAAUUGAAACGAGCAAAAAAGAACAAAAACACUUCAUCUUGUUUUCCUGUUUUCUGUUUUUGUGUACAAAUAAAUAG